UCUCACAUUCACUGUGAUUGCGAUUUGCUCCUUGUGUGACUAAGACGCAACAUCAAAUUCAGAUCUCUGACUGAGGAGUGUCUUACACCAUGGAGAAAUCCAAUUCCUCGGACGAGUUGGAGGAACCCACCUUCCAGGUGUACAAGCGACGAUGGUUCGUUUUGGCUACUGUGGCUAUGCUGAAUGUAUCCAUUAACAUUCUAUGGAUCAGUUUCUCAUCAGUGGCCUCGAGUGUGUCGUAUUAUUAUGAGGUUUCUCCCUCUGGCGUGGACCUUUUAUCGGCUAUAGGCUUCUUGAUCGGAUUGCCCGUGUGCCUGCUGUCCACGUGGAUGGUGGAUAAGCUAGGUCUGAGAUUUACCGUGACAUUCGCCAACGUGAUCACUUUCCUUGGAGGUCUCAUUCGAUGUGUCUCAACUUUCCCUGGCUUGGAGGGCUCCUUCAACAAAAAUGUUCAAUACUGGUGUGCUGUUGCAGCCCAGGUCUUGGUUGGAAUCGCCAAUCCAUUAGGAUUUUGCCUACCAACGAAGGUGGCUCAAGAUUGGUUUCCUCCAAACGAAGUGGCAUUGGCCAGUGGCAUCAUUACCCUAUCGUUCGUUUUGGGUGUGACUAUGGGCAAUGCUAUUACACCAUUCGUCAUUACAAAGAGUGAAUAUGUUCCAUAUUUGAACCUCAUGUGGUUCAUUCCAUCAAUCAUCACCCUAAUUCUGGGCUUGGUUUCGGUCAACCGAUCCAAACCCCUCACAUCACCUAGCAAAAGCUCUGCAGUCGCAGAAACGAUCCACAUUACAUUUGGCAAGAGAUUGAAAAAGCUUUUGACGAACAAAAACUUUCUGGUUUUGGUGCUCUCCGUUGGCGGAGCGAUUGGUUUCUUCAAUGCCAUCAUCUCUCAAUUGCAACAGCUCAUGUGUGCCAGAGGAUACGAGGUUUGGUUUUCCGGUCUUUGUGGAGCUUUGGUAUUGCUCUCAGGGAUUGUCGGGGGUGGCUUUUCCACCUUUGUGGCGACCAAGACGGGUAAAUUGGAGGAAACUGCCAAAAUAAUCCUGUGUGUGGGAGUAAUCAUGAUCGUCUUGAUCUUGGAACUCCUCCGAAAGUCAGGGAUGGAUUGGGGGAUUGCCGUCUCGUUAGUAGUGGGAGGCUUCAUCGCUUUUGGAAUUUUACCUUUGGGAAUGGAGCUCAGCGAAGAGAACACAUAUCCCUUGGAAUCUUCCACGGGAAUCACCAUCAUCAACUUGUCAGCUCAACUUCAGGGACUGAUUUUGAUUGCAGUUUCUGGCUUUUUGGACACAGACCUUGUGUCAAGUGAUCUAGCGAUUGAGACAUGUACUGAUAAUAGCCUGAAUGAAGACGGAGUCGAUCCGGGUAACGUAAAGGCAAAGGAUAAGACCCACUUUUUGAUGUUGUUGAUGUGUCACAUCACGGCAGUCUGCCUGAUUUUUGUCAUAGGACUGAAAUCUAAGUACAAGAGACGUGAUGCUGAACACAAGAAAAUCAGGCAGACACGAAAUUCCUUCAUUGCCGAGCAUCUGAUGUAGUACAAUAAAUUGAAUGGUAUGAUGAAAA